UGUAGAUCGCGGUCAGAAAAUUCUCGGAGCAGGAGCUGUUGAACUGUUUGUGCGACUUUGUUUGCGAUAGCGUGGGGGCAUCGAAACUGAAAUCGGAGCUUCUUAAGUGCCACCAGACAUCAGUCGAAGUACGGACCUAGUCGGGAUUAGACGAACUAUGAGAAUGCUUGUCCGAAGAUAUUAUAAUCUUAUCGCUGUUCUGGCUGUGGGCCUCUUCAUGUGCGUCUGCCCAGAUCCGGUUGAGUCGCGCACACGGAACAAGAAUGUAGCCGAACGGAGACUGAUGUCAUUGUACGGCAACACGCCCCAUGUGGAGGCGCUUCUGGGCAGGAGUCGACCCACUCCGGACACCUACAAGACCCUGCGGAACGCCUUCUUCCGCUACGAGGAGUCUCGCUCCCUGGGCUACGACCUGGAGCUGACGGAACGCGAGCUCCAGGCCAAUGAGACCAUCAUGGCCGCCAAGCUGCACGAGUACACGGAGGGACUGCUCACGCCGCAUCUCUUUAAGCCGGCCCAGCACAUCUUUGAUGUCCUCGACGGUAUCCGCGACACGCAACUCUUCCACUUCCUCAAGAAGAUGCCCAAGGGGGCGGUCCUGCACGCCCACGACACGGCCCUCUGCAGCACGGAGUCCAUCAUCAAGCUGACAUACUACGACAGCCUGUGGGCUUGUCUGCAGAAGGACGACCUCGACUUCUCCAUUCUACGGUUCGCCAAGACGGAGCCCCAGGCGCAGGACAACUGCAACUGGACUCUGCUGACCGAGGUGCGACAGAAGUACGGGGCGGAGAAUGUGGACGAGUAUCUGUCGGAGCAUCUCACCCUGUACCCCACCAAGAAGUUCGAGGACAACAAUGCCGCCUGGUCAACCUUCAUGGACAUCUUUAGCCUGCUCGACGGGCUGGUGAUGUAUGCCCCCGCCUGGGGCGACUACUACUACAACGCCCUGCAGGAGUUCUACGACGAUGGAGUGCAGUACCUGGAAUUCAGAUCGGUGGUACCAACGCUGUAUGAUUUGGAGGGAACUGUUUACACCCCUUUGGACACGGUGAGGAUCUAUGUGGAGACACUGGAGAAGUUCAAGAAAGACAAUCCCGAUUUUAUUGGCUCUCGGAUGAUCUAUGCACCCAUUCGUAAUACCAAUCCCGAAGGCGUGCUCAGCUACAUUGAAACCCUGAAAGAGAUCAAGGCCCAAUAUCCUGACUUCAUAGCUGGCUUCGAUCUGGUGGGACAGGAGGAGUUGGGACGACCGCUCAGCGAGUUUAUCGAUCAACUGCUGGAGAUUCCAGAGGACAUUGACUUCUACUUCCAUGCCGGCGAGACGAACUGGUUUGGCUCCUCAGUCGAUGAGAAUCUGAUCGAUGCCAUUCUGCUGGGCACAAAGCGCAUUGGACAUGGCUUUGGUCUGGUCAAGCAUCCGGUGGUCCUCGAUAUGCUGAAGAAGUUGAACGUGGCCAUUGAAGUGAAUCCCAUUUCAAACCAGGUGCUGCAGCUGAUCACCGACUUCCGGAACCAUCCCUGUGCCACCUUUUUCGCCGAUGGCUAUCCCGUGGUGAUCUCCUCGGACGAUCCAUCCUUCUGGAAGGCCACGCCUCUGACGCACGACUUUUACAUCGCCUUCCUGGGAAUUGCCUCGCAGCACUCGGAUCUGCGGCUGCUCAAGAAGCUGGCCCUCAACUCCAUCCAGUAUAGCUCUCUGCCGACAGAGCAGCAGUUCGAGGCCCUGGAGAAGUGGCAGGCCAAGUGGGAUCAGUUCAUUGCGGAUGUUAACGAGGAGUCCCCGAACCGUGGAUCAUCCAGUCUGCACCUCGAUUGACUAGCACGGGUGGUGGCAGCGUUCCUGGUCGCAUUCUCCCUGCUGAGCUCUGGCCUGCGACGCUAGUCGGUCCCCCUACACACUUCUGCAUCCCCAUCCGCAUCUGCAGCUGCAUCCAUUCAGAGCCAUGCCCAUAUACAAUUUUUUUUAUCCCAUAUGUCAGUUUGUUGUAAGCUAAUUGUUAUGGAUUAGUCUUUAGUUAGACUUAAGUCUGUUCCUUCCUGUUCUACAUAUCUCUCUUUCUCUCUCCAUUAACAACUCUGUGUCCAACAUACUCGAACCAAAGAGAUUGUGUGUGCCACGCUUUGAGGUUUUCUCCAGGUUGUGAGGCCUGCUCUUGGUGGCAAAGAAGAAAACUAUCGCAAUAAAGAACUUUUGCUAGUCGUAGCCGACAUACAAACGAGAA